UUCAAAACUAGGUAUUUUUAUGAGUGCAUUGUCCAGGGCAAGUGAUACCACCACCUGCCUCAGCCUCCGCCUCCCUUCUUCACCUUUACAUUCAAAUUUAACUAACACCGUUCCUCUCUGCAGCUUCAAAUUCCAUAUCAAUCAUAGGUGUAGGCAUAGGCAUAGCUUAAUCUCACCUCACCUACUCAAAACACCCAACCCAUUCCCAUCCAUGGCCCACUCUAAUAAUCCCAGUUCUGAUACUGUGGAUCCUACUUGUGCUGAGAUUAUUGUAGUGCGUCACGGCGAGACGGUGUGGAAUGUUGACGGAAGACUUCAGGGACAUAUUGAUGUGGAAUUGAAUGAAGUUGGGAGAGAACAGGCAGCUGUGGUGGCUGAUAGACUAUCCAGGGAAUUUAAAGUCUCUGCUGUAUAUUCUUCUGAUUUGAAGAGAGCUUUUGAGACAGCAGAGAAAAUCGCUGCUACUUGUGGUAUUGCUGAGGUUAUUAAGGAUCCUGACCUACGGGAAAGACAUUUAGGGGAUCUUCAAGGCCUUGUCCUUCAAGAAGCUGCCAAAGUUAGUGCUGUGGCUUACCGGGCCUUUAAAUCCCACAGAACCAAUCAAGAUAUCCCAGGUGGUGGAGAAAGUCUUGAUAAACUUUACGAUCGCUGUACAUCUUCAUUGGAGAGAAUUGCUGAGAAGCAUACAGGAGAGCGAGUUGUUGUGGUCACUCAUGGGGGUGUCAUCAGAGAACUGUACCAACGAGCUUGCCCAAAUGGAAAGUCUGGAGGAAGGGUAUUGAACACGUCUAUCAACAUCUUCCACAUAUCUGAUGGGGAUCGUUGGACCAUUAAAACAUGGGGUGAUGUUAGCCAUCUCAAUGAAACAGGAUACCUGAAGUCUGGUUUUGGUGGGGACAAAACAUCUGGUUAGUUUCUUCAUGGCGUGCUGGAGUUUUAGGAUGAGAAAGAAAUAACACCAUAAUGGAAGACACUGUUCUCAUGAUCUUUCAUACACUCUAGGGCCCUAGGUAUUUUUAUGACCAUGUCAAAACGUGCACAAAUCAAUUCUUCAUGCUAUGAUAAUUCUUUAUCUGAAGCAUAAAAGGGAGAAUCGCACCUGGCAGGCCAUCUUUUGAUUUCUAGUUCUUUUAUAACAUGGCAUUUUCCAAUAGUUGCGACAAGGAUCUGCAUUGUGCUUUGUGAAACACGUUGGUAGAGGUUGCUUGAAACCGACUGUUUACCUGAACAGCAUUGCACCCAAUACCCAUGGAUGGAAAAAUUACAGGGGGAAGACAGCUCAUCGGAUUGCAUGCGUUUCUAAUCAUACAGGUUUUUCAUUCCUUGAUAUGGAAAGAUGUGUUUGGGACAAGGAGUGGCAAUAAUGGUGUACAGUAACCUUGUUACAGUGUAUAAUCAUCACAGCUAAAAUAUAGUUUAACUAAAGUUAUAUCCUGGAAA